GUGUGUGUGUCUAUGUGUGUGUGUGUGUGUGCGUGUGUGUGGAGCAGGGUGUGGCGGGCGGUGCGGUGGAUCAACAGCAGUUAGUCUGGUUGGCAGCUCUGUUGUAUCUGGAGGUAGGCUGUCUCUUCCCUCUACCUCCCUACCUCCAACUUACCUCCCCUCUCCUUCACCCCUCCGCCCACGCCUCUCCACGCCCGCACCACGCCUCGCCACGCCCGUACCAAGCCUUGCCACGCCCGCGCCUUCAGGGAUUGCUACUUUACUCCCAGCACCUGUGGCUUGAGUGCUGACCUAAGGCGACUAUUUCUCGUCACUCCACGCCCGCCCAUGACCCACGCCCGCCCCACGCCCUCCGACACUCAGGAACUAAGCUAAAGUGCCACUGGACUUGAGAAUAGUGCCGGAUUUGCGUGUGUUAAUUGUUAGUGUGAGUGUGUGUGUGUGCGCACGAUUCACGCACACGCACACCCAAGCACACGGACGUUUACGCACGCACGGACGCACGCACACACGCACUCAAUCUAUUUUGCAAGGAAAGUGAGGUGAUUGUUGUGGUGAUGAUGGUGAUUGUGAUGGUGAUGCUUUGAAAUGUGUGCGGUUUGGUGACGUGAGAGAAGAUUACACACACACACACACACACACACACACACACACACACACACACACACACACACACACACACACACACACACAUCUCUUUGGCACCCUACAGAACAGUGCCACGAGAUGCAAAGAACGAGAGAGUGAGUCAAGAGAGAAAGAGAGAGAGAGAGAGAGAGAGGGGGGAAGAAGUGCCACCUGCCUUCCACUUACUCCACAUCCAUCCACUCCAGCCCUCCACUUAAGCGUGUGGAUGUGGAAAAGAACUUAAAAAUCCACCCCCCUCGAACUUUCGGGGGACUCAAUGAAGUUAAGGACACUCCACCGCCUUCCACUUGCUCCUGUUCCUCCUCCACCACCUCUUCCAAAUCCGCAUAAGGUCGCCGCGCCGUCCGCCUGAUGUUGGUGCCCCGGGCCGCCCCAGCCUGCGCCAUGCCCGCCGCCUCGCCCACACGCCCCGCCCCGCGCCCCAUCACGCCCGCGGCCGCCUACUCUCACCACUACCACAUGUCUCCGCCAGCGCCGAGUUACGGGCGGCCUCGCCUGAUGGCUGCCCUCACCCAGCCCUCGCCCCCUGGUGUAUCUCGCUCCCGCUCCCCCCACCCCAGCCUGGCCCAAUACGAGGUGCCCGGCCUGCCUCUCAGGGCGCCGCCCCACGCCUUUCGUCCCCCCGGCGUGCACGGCUCCCUGGGCUCUCCAAAGCAGGCCGCCGUGUGCCCCGAGGCGCGCGCCCCGUAUCCCACCCCUGACCUGCCUGACACCCACCCCCCACCCUGGCGGUCUGACGCGCCGCCCCAGGCCUCGGACAUGCCCUUCGACCUGUCCACCCACAACCGCGAGCCGCGCAUGUCCCCUGCCUCGCGUCCCCUGGACCUGUCCGAGGCGGACCAGCCGCUGGACCUCACCGUCAAGAAGCGCCUGCCGCUGGAGGACGAGAACAUGAACCUGGUGGAGCGCCGCACGCCGCCUCCAGUGCUGCAGGUGCCGCCCUCUUCCAAGUACCAUUCCCCCGUGCACGAGUAUCGGCCCCCCCUCCCCCCACACGACCUGGCCCCCGCCCCCAUCGAGGCGGAUCCCGUCAAGGCGGGCCUGCACAUGGUGCCCGUCAGUAGCACCGUGGUGGGGCCGCGACCCCCGCCCGUGGUGGCCUACGCGCCGCCCCUGCACCAGACCCUGCACCAACCCGUGCCUGUCUACUCCAGCGAGUGCCACCGCCCGCUGCCUCCCGGCGCCCCCGUGCGCUCCCCGUACCCUGUGAUGGGCCUGCCCCACACCGCCUACCACCUGGGGCCCCACGCGGGCUCCCCCCAGCUGGUGCCAGGACCGGGGCCCCCGCCAGGGCCGCAUCCCCCGGGGCACCCUGCGCUGUACCAGGUGAUGGGCGAGCGUCUUCCUAAGGGUGUGAGCGUGUCGCAGCACUCCGAGGGGCACGGCGUGGCGGGCGUGGUGUCCGGCCUGUCCUCGGCGCGGCCCCGCGAGCGGUACUCGUGCAAGUUCUGCGGCAAGGUGUUCCCGCGGUCGGCCAACCUGACGCGCCACCUGCGCACGCACACGGGCGAGCAGCCGUACAAGUGUAAGUUCUGCGAGCGGUCGUUCAGCAUCUCGUCCAACCUGCAGCGCCACGUGCGCAACAUCCACAACAAGGAGAAGCCCUACAAGUGCCGCCUGUGCGAGCGUGCCUUCGGCCAGCAGACCAACCUCGACCGACACAUGAAGAAGCACGACUCAGACGGGCCCACCAUCCUGGACGGCAGCCCGCGCCGCUACUCGCCGCCCCAGGGCCAGGACGAUCCCGCGGCGCCAGGUGGCGACAAGGCCAGGGACGGCUCCGCCACCAGCGACCUACAGGGAGGCGACGACGAGGACGACGAGGACGCGUACAUAGACGUGGAGGAGGAGGACGACGAGGAGGAGGAGGAGCUGGUGGAGAAGGAGGGUGAGAAGAUCUCCUGUGAGGUGACCAUCAAGCCCUCCUCCCCCAUGGAGGUGGACGCCGCGCCGGGGGGAAUGCCGCCCCCAAUGGCAGUGCUCUCAGCGUGAGGCACCCCGCCCCUCACCCCUUCCCUCCCGCUCCCUCACCCGAAGUCCUGGUAAUCUAAGUACAGAACUUCCGUCCGUUACGUACAAACCGUCCGUUACUUUACGUGUACAACGAACACAACCACACGCGCCCACACCCCUCGCCCCCGCCCCCCCCAAAGCACCAGGCUCGUCACGGGGGGCGGCUCUCCCACUCCCCCUCCCUUACCUCCUCCAUACUCCCCAUCCCACCCAUCAACCUCCCCCCUUCCGCCAUGUAGUACAAGUAGAGUAGUAACACGAGGAGACUUGUCGAGGAAGCUGAAGGACACACACACACACACACACACACAGUUUCCAGUUAC